GAAGGGUGUGCACAUGUUUCAGUGUAUGUCGAGUGCAGAGCCCUUCCUCACAUUUUGCCCCCUUGCACACACACACACACACACACACACUAGUCUGCUAUUAGGCAGUAUUAGAGGUGAAACCCCCCAAUUCAAAGGCAGCACAAAAUCCUCAUCUGUUUGUCAAUGUCCUCCUUGUCUAAAGUGUCCGCCUCGCAUUAGCAGGUUCACUGGAGGUUUCUGACCUUUGUGUUUUUUUUUUUUGUUUUAAUCUGCUAGUUGGUUUUGCCUUCAUGCUAACCUCUCAUUGGACAGGGGAGCCUGUCUCUGAAAAUAACAAUAAUCCACUAUGAUUUACCCCCCCCCCCUCCUGUUUCUCCCUCCAAUCCAGCACCUCCACUCUAAACCUGCAGCUGGUCAGAGAUUUAAUCGGGCCGGAUUAUCUAGUCUCUCGUACUGUGGGCCACCAUAUCAGCAGGUGGUCUUCCCUGUCACAUACGUCGCAAGGGGCUGAAUCACGGGUUGAGCUGGUCCACUUUCAUUUGAGCCCCCCACCCCUUUUUUUUUUUUGCUUUAUUUGAUUUGAUUUCCUACAUGCAUGUUUAGCUUUCAGUGGGACAGCCUUCCCCUUAUGCUGUUUAGGGCACUUUCACAUCCUGCAUUUGUCUGAAAACGGCCUGGACACAAAAGCAACACUUGGACAAGGAAGAGGAUGAAAAGUGAGGGGCGAAAAAAGAAAAGAAAAACACCUAAACAAUUAAAAGCAAGGAUGUGUGGCGAUUCAGCUGUGUCAACGCUUCUGUCAGUCAGGGCCAGCCUGUGAUCACACUCCGGGACGCCGAGGAGUCGAGCGCAGACCACUAUGUGCGAGCAGCCUCCGGCUGGUGACAACUUUGCUGUCUACUUUUCUUUAUGAGAAUUCAUGGGAUACACAGAAUAAUGUUAGAAAUACAGAGAACCGAGAACCUGAGCUUCAAGGUGUGGAUUAUAUGCUGCUGCUGUUGUAGUGCCAUCCACUCAGCAGAGGCGCAGAGCAGCAUUCCUGCAGAGACGGUGAAGCUGUGGGCAGAUGCAUUUGGAGGAGAACUGUACUCCUUAGUGACAAAAUUUUCCGGAUGGCAUUUACUUCAAAAGAAAUACAAGGAUGUUGAACCAACAAUAAAGAUUGAAGAAGUGGAUGGUUUGGAAUUAGUAAAGAAAUUUGGAGAAGAAAUGGAAAGGAUGUUGGGCAGAAAAAUGAAGGCUGUUAAGAGACUUGUUGAAGCUGCUGAAGAUGCAGAUGUUAAUCAUGAAUUCAACAAGUCACUGGUGUUUGACUAUUAUAAUUCUGUGAAGAUUAAUGAAAAGAAUGAGAAUGGAACUUUUGUGGAGCUGGGACAAAAGUUUGUGCUCGAACCCAAUAAGCACUUCAAUAACCUUCUAGUCAACACCUCUUUGAGCAACAUCCAAGUCCCAACCAAUGUCUACAACAAAGACCCAGACAUCCUGAAUGGUGUGUAUAUGUCUGAGGCUUUAAACCCAGUGUUUGUCAACAACUUCAGGAGGGACCCAACUCUCACAUGGCAAUUCUUUGGAAGUUCAACUGGAUUCUUUCGGCUCUACCCAGGUAUCAAAUGGGCACCUGAUGAGAAUGGCGUUAUCUCUUAUGACUGCCGCAACAGAAACUGGUAUAUCCAGGCUGCCACUUCUCCGAAAGACAUUGUGAUACUGAUGGAUGUGAGUGGCAGCAUGAAGGGAUUAAGAAUGACCAUCGCCAAGCACACCAUCACCACUAUCCUGGACACGCUUGGAGAGAAUGACUUUGUUAACAUCAUUGCUUACAACGAUUAUGUUCAUUAUGUGGAGCCAUGCUUCAAAGGGAUUCUGGUUCAAGCGGAUUUAGACAAUCGAGAGCACUUCAAAUUGCUUGUUGAAAACCUUCAUGCCAAAGGGGUGGGUAGAGUGAAGAAUGCUCUAAAGGAAGCCUUUCGAGUCCUCUAUGAGUUCAACCAGACAGGCCAAGGAAGUCUGUGUAAUCAAGCUAUUAUGCUGAUCACUGAUGGAGCUCUGGAAGAUUAUGAAGAAGUGUUUGAGGAAUACAACUGGCCUGACCGGAAGGUUCGUGUUUUUACCUACCUGAUUGGAAGGGAAGUCACCUUUGCUGAAAAUGUAAAGUGGAUUGCAUGUAACAACAAAGGCUAUUACACGCAGAUCUCUACACUGGCCGACGUCCAAGAAAAUGUCAUGGAAUACCUGCAUGUGCUCAGUAGGCCAAUGGUGAUCAACCAUGAUCACGAUAUCAUCUGGACAGAGGCCUACAUGGAUACUGCACUCCCUCAGUCGGAAGAGCUUUUUAAUUCUCAAGCCCAAAGUUUACUCCUGAUGACCACUGUGGCUAUGCCAGUUUUCAGUAAGAAAAAUGAAACGCGCUCUGAGGGAAUUCUUUUGGGAGUGGUGGGUUCUGACGUGCCUCUGAGAGAACUGAUGAAGCUGGCCCCCAGAUACAAGCUUGGAGUCCAUGGCUAUGCUUUUAUAAACACCAACAAUGGAUACAUUCUCUCGCACCCUGACUUGAGGCCUUUGUACAAAGAAGGUAAAAAGCUGAAACCAAAGCCUAACUAUAACAGUGUGGACCUGUCUGAAGUAGAGUGGGAGGAUACAGAGGAGGUUCUGAGGACUGCUAUGGUAAAUGCAAAGACGGGCACUCUAUCAAUGGAUGUCAAAGUGACUGUGGAAAAGGGGAGAAGAGUGCUGUUCCUCACAAAUGAUUACUUUUAUACUGGGAUUAAUGAGACUCCAUUCAGCUUGGGGGUAGUUCUUUCAAGAGGACACGGUGAAUACAUCUUUAUUGGGAAUAUCUCCGUAGAAGAAGGCUUGCAUGACUUGAUGCAACCAGAUUUGUCAUUAGCAAAUGAAUGGAUUUACUGUGUGACUGACAUUGAUCCUGAUCAUCGAAAGCUCUCACAACUGGAAGCUGUAUCACGAUACCUUACAGGACAGGAGCCUGACCUGGAAUGUGACGAGGAGCUGGUGCAGGAAGUACUCUUUGAUGCCGUAGUCACCGCCCCCCUUGAAGCCUACUGGACAGCCCUGGCACUCAACCUUUCAAGGGAUGAAGAUGGCAUUCAGCUUGCAUUCUUGGGAACUCGAGCUGGACUUGUUCGGCACAAUUUAUUUGUAGGAAUUGAAAAGCAGGUUGAUAAAAAAUUCCUCACCAAAGCAGAUAAAGAGAGUAUAUUCACUAUGGAUCACUUUCCUCUGUGGUACCGGCGAGCAGCAGAACAUCCAAUCGGCAGUUUUAUCUACUAUAUUCCAUAUGAGGAAGCACAAGAAGCAAAAUCAAAGAAUGAACUUGUAAUUGCAAGCACGGCUGUCUCUGUUACCAUCAACAAAAAAUUGGCAAUUGCUGCAGCCAUUGGGCUCCAACUGAAGCUCGAACUUAUGGAAGGCUUGUUUUGGACGGCCACUAAGCAGCCCAACAAUACUGAUUGCAGCCUGGUCGAAGGGAAGUGUCCAAUCAGCUGUGAAGACAAUAAUCUGAAUUGUUACCUUCUUGACAAUAAUGGCUUCAUUCUAAUUUCAAAAGAAAAAAAGCAGACAGGGAAGUUCAUUGGAGAAGUUGACGGCGCUGUGGUACUUCAGCUUGUCAGCAUGGGCAUGUUCAAGCAGGUGACGCUCUACGAUUACCAGGCCAUGUGUAAGAGCCACCAUCAUCACCACAGUGGAGCACAGCGUCUGAUGAGUCCUUUCUAUGGAUUGUUGGCAUCUCUGAAAUGGCUUCUCAGCAAUUUUCUCCUGUUCCUCAUUGAGUUUAAUUUCUGUGGAUUAUGGCAUUCGGACACUCGUGUGGAAGCCAAGGCUAUCUUCCAUUCGUCCCACAAGCACAAGAAGCACGGUAUGCUUCAGCCAUGUGACACGGAGUAUCCAGCAUUUGUGUAUGAACCGUCUAUCAAAGAGACCAACGGUUUCAUUUCUUGCAAUGGCUGUCAAAAAAUGUUUGUGGUCCAGCAGAUUACCAACAGCAAUUUACUGAUGCUGAUAACCGAAGCUGAAUGUGACUGCAGUAUCUUCCCUCCUGUCACACUCCAGGCGAAGGAAGUCAAAUAUAAUGCAUCUGUGAAGUGUGAAAGAAUGCGCUCUCAGAAAACCCGCAGGAGGCCUGACUCGUGCCACUCUUUUCACCCUGAGGAAAAUGCCCAAGACUGCGGAGGAGCUUCUCAGAUCUCCUUCUCCCUGGAGCUGCUCCUACUUCUUCUCAGCACAGCAGUGGCAGCAUCGCAGUGACAGGAUGAAGGCCGCUUCACAGUGCACAUCACUCUGGACCAAAGCAGCAUGUGUGCAGUAUUCCUUAGCUGGUGGAGGUUACCCAAACCUAUUCUAGUUUAUUUUAAUUUUAUUAUAUUUGCUGAAGUGAAAUACUAAUACAAUUCAACAUUUGAUUAAUGGCGACAGUGGGAUAUCCAGGGGUUGUAUCUAGGUGGUGCAUGCCCAGCGCAGACAAGCCUGGAGGAGCUUGGGACUGUCACUUUGUUCUUCCACUUUGCUAACUUUAUUUUCCCUUAAGUUACUCCUUUUUGAAAGCAUUAAGUGUAGCUCAUAAAUGUGAUCUCCAUUGAUUUUUAAUCAGCAAUAAUCUGGGUUAAGAUUCCCUUGAAGAGAAGCUGACACCUUUACCACCACAGCUACAGGAAUGAGCGGGGGCGUCAUUGUAUUGUGAAUGCCGGGCCUUGAGGCACAACUGCACUAAAUUGAAUUUUCUGGAGACCUGUAUUCUUCCAUUAAUUCAGGACUUUUCUGAUCUAAGUCACACGCACACACACACGCACACACACAUGAUGUGAGUGUUUUAUGACUUGUCGGCUUUUUUACUUCAUUCCAUUGCAAUUUUACAUGAAACGAGCAGCCAUUUGACACAAAGCUAUAAAGCACUGUCGAGCAUAACUUGAGGUUUGGAUACACACGCUUACCCAUCCCUUUCCUCACCACAGAUGAAAAGCAAGCAGCACAUUUGAUAUGAACCGUUCUAUAGUGAUCAUC